AUGGCGAUAGUUGUGUUACUGAUAGGAAUAUUAACUCAAACAAUAUUAGGUCAAGUUAUAAUAAAUACUGAACCUAAUGAACUAGUUGAUGGAGAAUCUGGUAGCGUUACCUGUUAUUAUAACAAUGCUUAUACAAUAAUGUUAUCUCGAUCUGGUGAGAGUAAUAUAGCUAACUGUUUUGUUUCUAUACAAGAACAAGACUGUAAUAUCCUAAAUCCUGGACCUACAAACAACUAUACCGACUAUAUAGGAUUCUAUACAGCAUCUAAAACAACUACUAGUUUAACUAUAAAUAUUGAUACAGUAUCUAAACAAAGAGAUGGUGGUAUCUGGAGAUGUAGAGUGGAUGAACUUCCAUCUGAAUCAUUUCAAAUCAAUAAAACUAUUAAUGUUAAAGGUAAUUCUAUGUUACUGGAGCUUCAUUAUUUCAUCUAG